GUCAGGAGGCGGCAGCGGCGAUGCGGCGGCCCCGCUGAACCCGCCAGCUCUGGGCGCCGGGGGCCGGCCGCGCGAGGCGGCCCGGGCCGGGCGGCAACAUGCGGAGCGGCGAGGAGCUGGACGGCUUCGAGGGCGAGGCCUCGAGCACCUCCAUGAUCUCGGGCGCCAGCAGCCCGUACCAGCCCACCACCGAGCCGGUGAGCCAGCGCCGCGGGCUGGCGGGCCUGCGCUGCGACCCCGACUACCUGCGCGGUGCGCUCGGCUGCCUCAAGGUCGCCCAAGUGAUUUUGGCCCUGAUCGCAUUCAUCUGCAUAGAGACCAUCAUGGAGUGCUCCCCGUGUGAAGGCCUUUACUUUUUUGAGUUUGUGAGCUGUAGUGCAUUUGUGGUGACUGGAGUCUUGCUGAUUCUGUUCAGUCUCAACCUUCACACAAGGAUCCCGCAGAUCAACUGGAACCUGACAGAUUUGGUCAACACUGGACUCAGCACUUUCUUUUUCUUUAUUGCUUCAAUUGUCCUGGCUGCUUUAAACCACAAAACCGGAGCAGAAAUUGCUGCCGUGAUAUUUGGCUUCUUGGCAACUGCGGUGUAUGCGGUGAACACAUUCCUGGCAGUGCAGAAGUGGAGAGUCAGCAUGCCCCAGCAGAGUGCUAAUGACUACAUCCGAGCCCGCACGGAGUCCAGGGACAUGGACGGCCGCCCCGAGAUCCAGCGCCGGGACACAUGAGGACCUGCCAGAGUCCUCCUCCCUCUCGUCCUCAUGCCCAUCCUUUCAAUCAAGUUUUCUUUCCCGUGUCACGUCAGAUUUUCAUGUGAUUAAGUUGAAUUUUGUCCUCUUUGGUAAAAGUUCAUUUUGGGAAAGGGUUUUCAGAGUGGCCUUGUUGGCAGGUAUGUGAGGCUGGGAGCCCCCGUACCCAGCUGUCCAGACAGUGGUGGGUAGGAGUUGUCUCGCGAUUCUCCAGUGUUUGGUGGCCACGGGAGCAGCUGGCCUCUCUGGCUGCCGUGCCCACUUUAGUUCUGCACUGUCCCCGAACACAGGCUGCCCAUCUGACUCCGAGCCACCGUGUCAUAUGUAUUUGUGACAAGUCAAGACUUUGGAUUAAAUGGGGCUGCUAGAAGGGAGGGAAAAAUCAAGAAAUGAAGGUCAGGGUGGGAACAGUCAGUCAGCAGUGGUUCCCUGACAGCGCCCACUGUGUGCUCCAAGUCAGCAUUUAGUCUCGCUGCUGGCAUCCUCUCCUCCUGCUCACCUUCCUUGCCCGGGGCAUCCAGGCAGCCCGCCCAGGCCCAGAAAGCCAUGUGUGGCACUGAGGGUCUCGGCGAUGGGUGUGCUGGUUGAGCUCUUUGCUGGGGAUGGAAGAAGCUGGUGUUCUCCCGGGACAGCUGCACAGGAACGCUGACGUGUGGGAGGGUCACCUUUCAUUUUCCACCCUGCUGAGAAAUCACAUGAUUCUUCCUCAAAUGAAUCACCUCCCUGAAUCCCAGGUUCUCCUCCAGGAAUAUGGGGACCAUCUUAUUUUCCACUUUCCUUCCUACCCUUAAUACGCUGAGGCUGAAUUGCCGAUUUUCUGUAAUUUUACCUUCUCAGGUAAAAGCCAGGAAAGAAAUACGAUCCAUUCCACCAGCCAGAACACUUGCCCAUUUGCUGUCGUGUGGACCACAGGUGGGGACACUCCUCUGUUUUAGAGAUGUGUGCUAAUUUUCAAAUACCUGAGAAGAGUUCUAAAGUGAUUCUGAGUAGACUUGUCUAGGGUUUGAAAAUACUUGAAUUUGCACCACGACACUGAUAUUUCAGAAGGCACGAAUUGUAGCUUUUUGUGCCUCAGGGUCAAAACUAUGAACAUCAAUCUUGGAAGUUGUUGGGAAAAAUUCUAAUUAUGUCAGGUUUUGAAUUGAUUCUUGCUAAAGUGAAGAUUAUUGUGGUGAAUGAGUUAAACGAGCCCCUAAGAAGCUGUAAUUUUUUUUUGUUUGUUUUAUUCCUGUUGGAGACUAAUUGUAUCUUUUAUGGAGAAAUUGUUUUAACUGGUCAGGUUUUCACUCUUUGAACUGUUUUUAAUGUUUACAAACCUCACUCUAGCUGUAAUAUUUUGUGAUUAGACCUCACCAAGGAAAAAACACUUACUGAUGGUGAGCAGGUGGGAAGAUUUUGCAGUAAUGUGGAAAAUCCCCAGGAUCUGGUACUAGUGUGUGAUCACAGCUUUAGCAGUGUACUGUGUGAUAAGAGAGAGAGAAUAUGAAUAUGAAUAUGUCUUUGGGGGUGGUGGGGGGACAGCGUGUUUGAGAAAGUGUCCAUCUGUGCAUGUGUGGCAUUGCAUUCUUCAUAAAAGAACAGCGUUGGGGGAUUGAUCAGGUAACACUGCUAGGCUAGGGCCUGGAUAGGAAGUGGUACUGUGCCGUCUCUGAAGGGUUGCGGAUAGGGAUUAGCACCCUGAACUGAACAUCCUGAGCUCUGUUGCAGUUCCUUUCUGGAGCAGUUGCCCAGGUCACAUGCCUAAGCCCCUUGUCUACUUCAGGGGCCAUGGCUGCUGGUGCAGACCCAGCUGGUCUGGUGGUAACUCACCUCCCUCUCUGCCCCCCAAGAGGGCAGCCAGGUCUGGUCACAGCUGGGCGUGCUGCCCAGCGGGUCUGAUCGAGCCUUUUUUCCAGGUCUGUCAUGAGGCAGUACAAAUCGUGCUUCACCAACUUUGAAUCUAUUAUAUGUAGUGAUUUUUGAGGAGAUUCUGACAUCUGGAUUUUAUCUGUUCAUUUCAUAUAUUUAUUUUGCAUUAGUUUGCAUUAGCUGAGUGUAGAUGCAUAGUCAGAAUUGGACUUAUCUCCCUCUGCGAGUUCCAUUUAAAAACAGGGUCACAAAGACUCAGCCUUGCAUCAAAUGGGGCCCACUUGGAAGGACCACCCUGAACUUUAUCAGAAAUCUCCUGCUGGGAAUCGUGUUACUUGGCCUCAAUAAAAAGCUGCCUUUGAAGUGAGACUGAAGAAAAGGAUACCAUUCAGGCAGGAUUUCUGCCCAAGUUUUCCCAAGUCACUUCAAUAAAACCAGUUUAUCAUCUGGUGAAAAGGAGCCUAUUGGCCUCCUGAGAACGUGUAGUCAGCGGCAAGAAAGCAUUCUGAAGCCCAUCGAAACUAUAAAUGCUGAUAUAUGAUAAAGAGUAAUGCCACCUUGUGCCACGGAGCAACUUAGGAGUCCAUGUGCAUCUUAGUGUUAGAAUCUGGAGUUAUUUAUGUCCCUGUAACUAUUUAAUAUCCUCUAUGCCAUGAGACUGUCCCAUGGGUUUUGUAAAUAUGUUUCUUUCUAUUUAAUUAGCUCCCACCACAACUGGAAGUGGUCAGGUAGGCUCUCUAAGUGGUGUGAUGCACAGUCCUAUGUCUCGGCACCGACGGCAGCUUGGUGGUGAGGAGUUAUGAAGGGAAUAUGGGUGUUUAGGUGGAUAUAAAGACACCCGCCUUUUUUGUAUGUUGCCUCUGUGUAUAAACAAGACAAUCUAGAUUUGGGGGCUUUCAAAGGACUAUUUUUGCAAAUUGAAGGAAGCAUAUUUUUGCAUUUAAUAGUUCUAGUAUGGACCAAUGUCAGUUUGGUUUGGGGCAUUUUCAGGCUGAGGCAAUCUUAGCGUUUCUCAGUUUUCUGGUGGGAUGAUAAUGGCUUUCAUCAUUUGUGCCAAACUCGAAGAGAACUACAGUUGCUGUGUGCGCUUGAAUUUGUUCCUGGAGACUGUAUGGGCUGAAACCCUCAAGCAUUUGGUGGUUUUAGAUGGAUGCAAACACUGACGUCUUCAAAGAAAGUUUAUCUUGGCACUGAUUUGGUCAACGUGGUAUAUUUUUUCUGAUUCUCCUUUAUCCUCCCUUCACACUGCUUGAAGGCGUGAGGGGAAGUACCUUCUCCCUUUCAUACAGAGAGAUCACAAUCAUGAAAGCCUAAAGGCACUUGUUGGCCCCAUAUAAAGCUGGGGAAGGACUGAGGCACUUACAGAUUAAAAUCUCAUAAGAGAAGUUUGAUUUAAAGUAAAGUAUUUUAUUGUAGAUUUUUACUCUGUGCAGCUAUACUCAUCCAAGAGAGAUUGCCUACAAAAUGGAGAGAAGGCAGUAGCCGGCCCAGUCCCAGGGCCCAUGUCUUCCUUGGCAACUUGUUGAAGGGCCAGUAGAAGCAGAGCCCAGCCUGGCCACAGGGAAGCCAGCGAGGACCUGGCCUGGCUCUGAGGGCUUGGCUCUGGGAGGUGGACGACACCUCCAGCCCCUUGGGCACCCCUGGCAGGAUGGCUCGUGCCCACAGGUAGGCAUGAAGUGUAUCUGACCUCCACCCUGUAUUGGAUGCUUCUGGCGAGAGCUUUGUGGCUCAGUUGAAAACAUUCCUAUUCCUAAAGUUUGCAGUUUCAUCUACCUUUCUUUGAAGCUUUCACAUGAUUCAUUCAGACUUGGGUUAAGCCAUAGGUGGUCUCUGAGGAGAUGAAGCACUUACUCUUCGUCUGCACAUGUAUGUGAAUUCUUACUUGCGAGGAAUGAGCCUUGUAUGGUCCCCCUGUGUGUCAUGUCCUGUGUGUGGCCCAACCUCACCUUUCCUUGUAGACACUCAUGUGCUAUUUGGAAAGAAACCCUCACCUCUCGGUGUGUUUGAGAAGUGGACCAAGUUCUAAUUUCUGGCUGUGCAAGAUUUUCUGUGGGUUGUUCUUAGAGCCUGUCCUAACAGAUGAGUAGAAUAUGGAGACAACGUGUGGCCCAUUUAGUGAUUCUGGAAGGUAGUGAUGAUUUAAGUGGUUCCCACUGUGCCAUCCCAUCCAAAACAAAGCAACCAUGAAGUCAUUGUGCCACUGCCUGGUUGCCAUUGUUUCCAUAUCUUGUAUACUGGAAAAUAAUGACAUUAAACAGGUAGCAAAAGGCGAAAACACUUUCUAGGGUGAGGGAUUUUGUUGGUUUAGUCUCUUGAGCGAAAUAAAAAGUUGCUUCCCGCUCCAGGAACUGCCAUUAGCUGUGAGGUUUCCAGGCACUUGUUUAGCUCCUAGUGAAGUUUGCAGAACCCGGGGGUUCUCUCUUCCCUGGGUCUUACCUAUUUAUCAGCACCCACUUUUAGGGCCAGUGAGGCGACAGGCUGGUAAGGUGGGAGGUGAAAGGCGGAGACCCUGCAUCCCAGACUCUGUCUGCUCUGGGACUGUUGAUAACACUAGACGGGUCAGUGACUCGGGCAGUCUUGAAAACAUGUACUUGGUUAGCUUCCUUGCUAUUCUCGUCUUGGAAAAGUGAGGUCUUGUGUUCUGGAAUUGGCUUGAGAACAAGAGCUGAAUGUUGGGACCAGUGUGCCUUGGUGCUGGAGGCAUGGGUAGCGAGGGCUCUUGGUGUUGAUUUUGGGAACUCAUGAGUCUGGACAAGUGACAGAGAUUCUGGUUUGGGUGCCACCUUAGAGAGGAUGCAGACCUAACACCGCCUGCUUUCAGCUUUGUAAACUUCCCUGCUCUUUACAAAAGCAUAUGUUUCUUCUCUUCUCAGCAGGUAUCGUUGAAAUCAUCAGAACCCCCUGAUUGAGAAGGCAAUUUGAAAUAUUUGACACUUUACAUUUCUUUUAUUUCGAAACUGUUUCUGAAAUAAAAUACCUUCAAUAUCUGUUAGAUCUAGAAGAAUUGCCUAGAAUAAAGUUUAGAUUAUGGGUCCUUCAUUAAUAUAUCUUUUUCUUAGGGUUAGUUUGUUGUCUACAUUUUUAAUGCCAAGACUUUAAAUUCAGGUGACUUGCUAUCUAGACUCCCUGGUGUGGUUGGGGAUGCAUUAUACACAAAGGUGGAGAGCCUUCAUUAAGGGGUUAAUAGCCUGGACUCUAAUGAGCUAUCACAACUUCUAUGGUUCUCAUUGAGAGGAGGAACUUGUCUCAAAUGACCUUAAUCAGCUUUGUUGAUGGGAUAAGGGCGAGGCCCAGAGUUUCUUUUCAUAAUUGUGCUGCAGAGGAGAGAUGGUGUGACACAAUUGAUUCUGAUAAUGGUUUGUAUGGGAUUCAGUAAUAAUCUGAAACUAUCAAAUCUGAGUCUCCUUUUAUCAGGCAAGCUGCCUGAAGGGACCGUCAGGAAAUGAGGACGGUGGGGAGAGCUGGUGCCCAUGCCAGGCAGGGCCAGGUGUGACUGAUGGCUGCUUCCCUCCGUGGGUCAUUUUGCUUUCCUGCCUUUUCCAGAAUCGACAGCUUUCAAGACUCUGUCCCCCUCUCUGCAGUCGUGAGGAAGGCAAACAUUUGGGGCUUGAAGAGAGAGCUGGCUGGUCCAAGGGCUGAGGGAAGGUGAGGGCAGGAUGCCUGGACAGCCGCCCCAAGCUGGCCCAGGCCCGCAGAGGGGCCACCGGCUUCCAACGCUUUCAUUCUGUAACACAUUUAAAAAUGAGUUUUCAAAUCCUGCCUCAUGGUGAAAUGAUAUAUAUAGAUAAAGCCAGUGCUUUAACUUGAUUUUGAGGUGGUUCCCUCUAAGAGAAUGCUGGAGAUUGAAACUAUUUGUAUAUGUUGAAAUUUGUAGGGGUUCAGGAACCCAUGGCAAGAACACUAAACUAUUUAUUACACGUAUGACUAUUUUUCCCCAAAAGUAGGUAUUUCUGUCUUUGUAUAUUUUAAGACAAAUAAUAAUCACUUCACCUUUGGUGCCUUCUGUGUGUCAGUCACAUAAACACUCUUGUCAAUCAUGGAAUUGAAAAAAAGAUGUACAUUUAGUUAAACCAGAUAACACUAUUUUUGUAGCAUGAUUUUAGAUUGUGUCCUUUUAAUAUUGCUUUUAGCAAUGCUGGUUUUGAGGUUGUUCAUUUUCCCUUUAAGCUUCAUAUGUAUUUUAAAAAACAGAAACCACCCCUGGUUAUUCCUGUCUCCUUUCUGCUGCUUUCUCCCUCCACAUCUUGUUUCUGCUUAUUUAAACAGUCUGAGAGGAAGAGUAUAUUUCUGUGAAAUAAUUAUUAAUCAGUAUAACUGCAUUUGGCAUUUUUAAACCACUUGUUCAGCUUGGAGAGCCACUGCUCACUUUAGACAGUAAGCGGAAAGUGGUUCCAUUAAAAAAGAACAACAACAACAAAAAGAACAGAACAUCCUUGGUGCUCUGACUUCCCUUCUCUGGGUCUAAAACAGUGAAAAGGGCAUUGAGGGUGUUCCCUGGUCUGCUGUCUUCCAGGAUACGCUCAGGCCACCCCUCCAGCUCUGCUGCCUGGGUCCGGGGGUUGCGGGUGUUCCACUGGUCUGGGCUCACCUUCCACUUGCUCUCCAGUUCCACUCGGAUCGCACAUUGACUUGUGGAUGCCCUGGGUAGGCCCGGUGGCCUUUUCUGGUUUUCAGCCUGAACGAAACAGACCCCCUGCUAUGAGGAGCUUGCCGAAAUCAAGACAGAGAACACUCUCGCUGCUCCUUUUGCUCUCCUGCCCCUGCAGGCCAUGAGUUCUGUCUGGUCAAGAAAAAUCUUGAGGAAACUAGCUGCGCCAUUGCAAAAUGAAGGAAUGGAUUUAUUAAAACAUGAAAUUGUAGCUUUUUUGUCCUUUUUGAAGGGUCAGAAUAUGUAAUUAUUUUCUAACAAAAGAAGUCAAGUCAGGUGGCUAAUAACUCUAAUGAUUACUGAUCGGUACUUGGUCCGGUGGUACUUUUAAGGAUAAUGUUAAUUUAAAUAACGAUUACACUUUGCUUCGUAAAAGUCUGUUUCCUUUAACAGUUUAGAUACAGCUGAGGGGAUGCCCAUUGGGAAAGCUUUGGUUUAUGCUGUUGGCUGGUCAGAGCCCCCACCAUGGCUUCUCACACCGACAUGGGUGCCCCGGGGUGGGCAUUCCGGGCUCUGCCGGCUCUCAGGCUUGACUGGCCAUUGGGAGUGAUUUUGGGGCCCCAAAGCCUUUGCUUUUGUUGAUUUGUCCCUGACAGCAAAGCCUCACAUUGCCCUCAGUUUCCCCCCUUUAUUUCUUUUAAAGGACCAAUUUUUCAUGGUACUUGUCCUGAUCGUUUUCAUAGUGUUCAAAUCUGUAUUUUUGUAUGUAGAGGGAAAUGAUUUUCUCAACACUAAUCGCUACUAUUGUAUUAAAUUGUCAUGAAGGAGUUCUUGUUUAAUAAAUGGACAUGUAAAAAUGG